ACUCCGCCAACGCUAUAGAGAGGCCCUCUUGCUUCUGCACUCCCUCUUGCUCGCGCAGGCCUUCUCGAUUCGUCCGCCCACAAGCAACUCCGAUUUUUGCUCCAAACAACAUCCUCCCCACAAUCGGGACGGUCGUUUUUUAGCACCGUCUAUUUUUUUUUUAUUUUCUUUUUCUUUUUUUUUGUUUUUCGUUUUUGUUACCGAUCAAUUAUUUUACCAAAAAAACAAAAAAGUACAGUAAAAUGGCCAAGAUUGCGCUGAUCGCUUUGGCGAUAACUUGCGGCUGGGGGGCAGUCCUCGCCGAGGAGUUCAAGAUGGAGCAGACGUACGUGCCGGAGGUGUGCGACGUCAAGUCGAAGAUCAACGACCAGCUGACCAUGCACUAUACCGGCACGCUCAAGGACGGCACGAAGUUCGAUUCAAGCCUGGACAGGGACCAGCCCUUCACCUUCCAGUUGGGCGUCGGCCAGGUGAUCAAAGGAUGGGACAAGGGACUCAUCGACAUGUGCGAAGGCGAAAAGAGGAAACUCAUCAUCCCACCUGAGCUUGGAUACGGCGAUCGUGGAGCCGGCAACGUCAUCCCGCCGCACGCCACUCUGUUCUUCGACGUUGAGCUCAUCAACAUCAGUGAUUCGCCCCCCAACGCCAACGUGUUCAAGGAAAUCGACGCCGACAAGGACAAUCAGCUGUCCCGCGAGGAGGUGAGCGUAAUGGUCAGCGAGUACCUGAAGAAGCAGGUGAUGGAGUCAGAGCAGGCGGGCGGUAGCCCGAGCAAGGAGAUGGAGAACAUGUUGGCCGACCAUGACAAGCUCGUCGAGGAGAUCUUCCAACACGAGGACAAGGACAAGAACGGCUUCAUCUCGCACGACGAAUUCAGCGGACCCAAGCACGACGAGCUCUGAAAAGCUGCUCUCCUGCUCUAACAUUACACACCCACACACCCACGGAAAAAUACAUACACAUACACACGCACGUACUUUGGACAUUCGAUCGCAUGCAUAUAAUAUACAGGGACGCAAUAAACUGCCACGACAGACAAUGAUCCUCAUGGAGAUGGUGUUGGGCCAUUUUGGAGGAUCCACCCCACCUCCUUUGAAUGACACUCCAUUUCGUUGUUUGAAGGUGCACAGAGCCGCUAACUCUGCCUCUCUUUCUUCGACCAUUAUUUUCUUUGACUUGAAAUUGCACACUUUUUUCUCGCAAUGUCUCGACCGUCGCGACACGCGAACGACAAACAGCCGCGAAGUAUCCACUACGGUCGGAUCAUAAUGUGAAAGGACGAAAUUGCCGAUUUUGGUACUUUAUCGCGUAAAUAUCUUUCAAUCCGUACGGCUUUUUGGAUGCUUUGUCGACUGGUACUGAAAUUAAUUAUUCAGACAAUUUUUUCCGACUCCGCGAUUGAAAGUAAUAAAAAAGCCUCGAGGUGCGAUCUCUUUUGUUCGAAGUAAUGAAGUAACAACAGCAGUAGCAGCAGCGAUGAAAACGGAGAAGCAGAGCACAGUGGCUGCCCCAGGACCGGUGACCAUCAGUUUCGCGCAGAUAGAGACGGAAAGCAGAGAAAACAAUAACACCGCGCGAGAGCUAAAAGAGACGGCAGGUGAAAAAAAAAAAGUGCGGCUGAUGAGAGAGGGAGAAAAAGAGGAGACUGGAAAUCGAGCUCGACCCCUUUGGCUUUUUUUUCGCGAGGCGAGACAUUCCACUGCUGCACCGAGAGAGAAGCUAAAGGAAGUAUACAUGUAUACAUGGCGCAGAGAGAGGGAGCUCGCUCGUGUUUAGGUAUACGCGCGCACACACCCCAACUCAUACAUUUACACACGUAUACAGAAUGAAAAUAAAGUAUAAGAUGAAAGAAAAGAGAGAAAAGAACGUUCGAGUGAUCCCGACUCUCCAAGUGUAAAGUGAUCCCCGAGCAUCAUCCUGUGCCGAGUGAGAGCGAAUGAAAAAAUAAAAGAGCGAGUGCAAGGAACAAAAAAAAAGGUGCGAAUGAAAUUUUUUACGCGGACGUGUACGUAGGGGUGUUGAGAAGAAAAAAAUAAAAUAAAAUAAAGGAAAUAGGCUGAAACAGAGAUAGAGUCUAUUGUUCAUUUGGGAGUGUUUUUUCGUGCGCAAAUCGUGUGCUGCCUGAACAUAUGUUGUUUUGUAUACUCCGUACGUUUGCUUUGAGGAUUUUCUCCUCCGGAAUAACUACUGCAUUUUUCGUCAUUCCUUCAGUCUUUUUUGUUACUUUUCGUACUUAAAGGUCAUCGUCGUUUUUUGUUUUUUUUUAAUAAUAAAUUUUUCACAAUCCAUCCAGUGGAUAGUGGACGGAGAAAUUUUUAACCAUACCUGGUGACAGCGUCUUGCGUGUCGUGUUUUUGAUACGAAUUUUUUAUUGAUCGAUUGGUUAGUUGGUUGAUUGAUUGAUUGAGAAUCGAUGAUGUUUUUACAAUUAAAAAAAAAUCUUUUCUCAUCUGACCAUGAAUUAAAAAAUUUAUAACAAUAAAUAUGUAUGUACACCCGUUGAAUGUUUUUCUUCUCGAAGCUACGUUUUAUCAUUGCGCUUCUCUGAAGAUGUGUUCUUGACCUUUGAUCAUAUUAAUCAUAUGUGAAAAUCUAUUUAACAAAAAAUGUAAAAUUUAAUUAUAACAAAAUUGGGAUUGAGCAAUAGCAAGUUUAUAUGAAGGUGAAAGAAAUCCGAAAAUAAUUGAAUAAAUUUUACGUCACUCUCGUUGCAAGCAUUAUUAAUCUAAAAUUAUGCGUUUUUAUUACCACAUUAUAUUGUAUGUUGUUAAAGUUUGACGAAG